GAACGACGAAUGCAUUUCCGAAAGCUUUACUUUCUUUAGUGAAUUCUCUUCUCCACUCUCUGCUUCUUUUUCUCUCUCCCUUUGAAUUUUUUAAGUAUUUGUCUCCACUCUGUUUAAAAACGAACAAGGUGGAGAUUUUAUUAGAAAAAAGAAACGUCUAAAACCAUCAAUCAACAAAAUUGAGAACAAAAAAAUCUAAAAAAAUAGAAAAUAUCCAAAAAAAAGAGUAAAACAAAAAAAAACCCAAAAAAGAUGAACAAUCCUGCUGGACCGAGUUAUCCCAUGGCCUCCUUGUACGUUGGUGAUCUGGCCCCCGAUGUUACCGAAGCCCAGUUAUUUGAAAAAUUCUCAAGUGCUGGACCAGUUCUUUCCAUUCGGGUAUGUCGGGAUAUGAUCACCAGACGAUCUCUUGGCUAUGCUUAUGUUAAUUUUCAACAACCUCCUGAUGCACUCUUUUCUCAUGUAGCUGAAAGAGCUUUGGACACUAUGAACUUUGAUGUCAUUAAUGGUAAACCAAUUCGUAUCAUGUGGUCCCAACGAGAUCCUUCCCUUCGAAAAUCAGGCGUGGGAAAUAUUUUCAUUAAGAAUCUUGACAAAUCAAUUGAUAAUAAGGUUAUGUACGACACAUUCUCCACUUUUGGCAACAUUUUAUCCUGUAAAGUUGCUGUCGACGAGGAAGGAAACUCACGUGGCUAUGGUUUUGUCCAUUUUGAAAAUGAAGAAUCAGCUCUAAACGCCAUUGCUAAGGUCAACUCUAUGUUGUUGAAUGGUAAAAAAGUAUUUGUCGGACGUUUUGUCCCAAGAAAGGAGAGAGAGAAAAUUAUUGGUGAAAAAUCAAAGCGAUUCACCAAUAUUUAUGUCAAAAACUUUGGUGAUGAAAUUGACUCCGACGAAAAGUUGAAAGACAUGUUCGAGGUCUAUGGUAAAGUUGUGUCCUGCAAAGUUAUGGGCGAUGACAAUGGCAAAACCAAAGGAUUUGGAUUUGUCAGCUUUGAAGAACCAGAACAAGCGGAAAAGGCCGUUGACGAUUUGAACGGUAAAGAAUUGAGUGGAGGCAAAACACUUUAUGUAGGCCGAGCUCAAAAGAAAGCUGAAAGACAAGCUGAGCUCAAACGACGAUUUGAGCAAUUGAAAAUGGAGAGAUUGAACCGUUACCAAGGUGUCAAUCUUUAUGUUAAAAAUCUUGAUGACACUAUUGAUGAUGAAAGACUUCGUAAAGAAUUCUCUCCAUUUGGUACAAUCACCAGUGCCAAGGUCAUGACUGAAUCGAAUGCCAGAAGCAAAGGUUUUGGUUUCGUUUGUUUCUCAGCUCCAGAAGAAGCAACCAAAGCUGUAACUGAAAUGAACAAUCGAAUCGUUGGUUCGAAACCUCUUUACGUCGCAUUAGCUCAAAGAAAAGAUGAGAGGAAAGUUCAUCUCAUCACUCAACACAUGCAAAGAGUUGGUGGAGGAAUCAGAAUGCCACCAAUGGCUAAUACCAACUCUGCUGCUGCUGCAGCUCAUCCACAUGCACAUCACCCUCAUCAUCAUCAUCCCAAUUUGGCUCCAGCCGCUGCCAUGUUCCCCAACCACGCUGCAGCCAUCGCUUCACUUGGAGCUCUUGGUAAUGCUGGUCCUCAAGCUGGACAUCAAGGAGCACCUCAGCCAGGUUAUUAUAUUCCAACUAUGGCUCCUCAUCAAAUGCAACAACGUAGUUCUUACUACCAACCUCAAGGUGGACCAUCAGCUCCAGGUCCACAACAAGCACGAAAUCCUAGGUGGCCUGGUGCUCAACAAAUGCCACGUGGUGCUCCCCAAGCCUAUAAUCAAGCCUUGCGUGCUCGUGGUCCAUCAAUGGCCGCUGGUCAAGGCCCACGACCAAAUCAAGUUCCAUCAUCAUCCGGACCCGGUGGAUCAAGACCAAUCACAGGAGGUGCUCAAUCAAUGCCUCAAGGUAUGGGACCUCGAGGGGCACCUCGUGGAGCACCACCAUCUUCCGUCCGAGCAUCAAACACUGGACAACAAUCUGCUAUGGGCAGUUAUAAAUUCAAUUCUCAAAUUAGAAAUCCGCCACCGGUCCAAAUGGCUCCACAGUCUAACAUGCAAGUUGCUCAAGGUGCUCCACAACAAGACGUUCAAUCUGCAGUCCAUGUUCAAGGACAAGAACCACUCACAGCUUCCAUGCUUGCCAAUGCUUCAGAAGCAGAGCAAAAACAAAUGUUGGGUGAACGACUCUUCCCACUUAUUCACGACCUUUACCCUGAGCUCGCUGGAAAAAUCACUGGUAUGCUUUUGGACAUUGACAAUUCUGAGCUACUUCAUAUGUUGGAACAUCAUGAAUCAUUACGAGCUAAAGUUGAAGAAGCCGUCGCUGUCUUACAAGCUCACCAAGCCAAGGAGCUCGCUGCAAUAAAGAAAUAAGUUGAUUGUGAAAACAAGAUCUUGAGAGUGUAAUUGAUUAGUUUUAUCAAUUGAUUUCACCCAAUUACAAUGAAUGUAAAUCGCGAACUGAAUUAACUACAAUCAACAAGAAGAAAGUAAAUAAAAAAUGGACAAUUGAAAAAUUGAAAAUUUGAAA